AAUCGCUGCUACCAGUUCGCCCAAACCAUACCACCCCUGACUGUAACUAAAGGUAAAAAAGAAAAGAGAGCUCAAAAAGAAGGAAGAUUGUCCAUAUUCAUAUCUUAGAUAGUACUUAUCUAUUAAAAUAGCCAGUGCAGUCUUUCUCUUUGUAUUUUAAAGUUAAUUUUCCAUUCACUUCUUUCUCUUUUUGCAUGGAUUUGUAAUCAGCUCUAAACUUUCACUUGCCACUUUCCUUUGGAGGGAGGAGAAACAAUUCCAUCCUCUCUGGAGUGCCACUUUCUUUUUAUUAAGAUUACUUCUGGGGAACUUAUUUCUGGGUAGAAAUUAGGCAAUCCUUACCCAGAUCCUAUACACUGUUUCUCUUUCCGCUUCUUUUUCAUGCUUUUUUCGUUUCGGCUUUCACAGCUUUGGUUCAGCCAUUAUGGCUGUCUUGUUCUCUGCCUGUCAGGAAGAUUUCUCCAGAUCAAGCAAAGGGACCUGUGUCCACUUGCGGUCUAUGGAGAGCCGUUCCUAUCUUCAUCACCCCUAUAGGGAGAUUUUGGCCCCAAGGAACCUCCAGGGAGGUAGAAAUCAGCUGAGCUUCACUGAGCCCUGCUAGCCACAACUGUCCCACUGUGACGUCAUCACAGAAACUCUCGGUUUACCUCCAGAAAUUGGGGAUACUCCAACACUGGAGUUUUUUAAAGAAGAGAUUGGACAGCCAUUUUUGAAAUGGUUAGGGUCUACUGCUCGAGCAGGAGGUUGGACUUGAAGACCUCCAAGGUCCCUUCUAACCCUGUUAUUCAAUGUUAUUUGUCCUUAGUGAUUUUGGAGGCAGAAUUGCUGAUUAUCUUUCAAAACAAUGUGUUUUAUCGGUCGCAACAAAUCACCGAAAAGAAAUUAAGGCAUGAUCUCAAUCCUGAAGCAGUUAAUUCCAUAAUAUGGAGAUUGUGUAAUAAAGAAGGGACUUACAUUACUUAAUUUAACCUUAAACAAACAUAGAAUUGCUUCAGGAUAAAUCCAACAUUUACUAGGUUGAUUCAACUAAGUAUGGCAAUAAACCAGGCAAUAAUGAAUAGGUUUGACUGAUAAAGUCAGUCGUGCCUCAGCUCGAGCUUUUAAGUAAGAAUGACCCUUGACUUUAAUGACCCUUGACUUUAAUGAGAAAGGUAUAGUUUACUAAAGGUUAAGCAGAAUACAAUAAAGCAAAGGCAAAACUGAAAUUCGUAUGCAAAAAUCCCUAGUUUAACUUCCUCCCAUCCCCCUUUCCAUAGUUGGUCUCUCAUUCUCCACAUAUUCAAAUGAAGUUUUUUGGGAAUUGUCACUUCAACCAUGGACUGGCCAGGAUGCAGUUGCAUGCCAUUCGCAAAUGUCUGACUGUAAAGUUGUAUCUCCAGAAGGUACAAAGAGUAGAGACCUUUUCCACCUCCUCUCCGGCUCCCUCUCCCCAAAGUACAUGACAGACUGGUAUCAAGCAAAUACACAGCACAGGAUUGAGGUGGCAGUUUUGAGAGAUUUAUUGAUAUUUACUUCUGAGAAAAUAAACUAUAAGAAUUAAAAGUGUACAUUUGUUCUAUAUAGCAUAAAAUCUUAAACUAAUCAAAGACAACUAAAUACAUAUUGAUACUAUUAAUCAUACCCUAAUAUUUUUCUUUAACUAAUACUUCAUAAUCUGCAGUUUGAAGGACUUCUAACGAUGAAGCCUUUCCUACCAAAAUGCAGUGGCAAAUCAGAGUAAAUAACUAUAACAUGUUAUCUUUUACACUAGGAAAUAGGAAGUAGAAGUGUUUCCUAAAGGCAAAAAGGAAUUGGGAUUGCACUAUUUGCAAAGUUGGAGUAUGGAGUCAUUCCAUCUGGUGAUUAGGAAAACUGGAAGUUUGACAGUAUUUUCAACACUGUUCAGUGAGAAAAAUAUUUUUCAUAGAUCCUUCACUAUUUCUUUGCCUUUUUAUAAGAAGAGAAAAACAGAGUAUGAAAAUAUUGACCGCCCAAAAUAUGGAAAUUUGAUCCAUUACCUCACUUCAGGCAAAGAUAGAUCUGACAGAUCCAAACUGUUUGAAGAAGACAAUGCAGGGUGUCAACACAAACGUCCAGCUCAUAAAACAGAAACAAAACUUCUUAAGCACUGGAUUCCCUUAAUGAAUCCCAGGAAGACCUCUCAGCAUCAGAAAUUUCACCAGGGGCUGCCUUUGCAAAUUGCUUUGCAAAAGAACAACUGGGCCAGCGUGACCUCUGUUCUGCACCAGACAAUGCCUGUGGAACAGGCUGCUAACCUGGAGAAGUGGAAACAGCGAAUGAUUCUACAACUUGGGAAAGAAGGUUUUGAAGAAUAUGUUAAAAAUACUUUUCAAAAAGGCAAGAACUUUCAUGCAGCCAUGGAAGCCUUACUAUUAACUAAAGAAAAUGUUAUAAAGGAACAGAAAGAAGAUACCAGCAUUUCAAGCUAUGUGAUGAGUGUAAAGCAUGUGCUGCAAGAUAUUACUAGAGUGACAGCUCUUGAAAGUGCAGUCCAGCAUGAGGUCCUUUAUUACCAAGGCCUAAUAGAUUGCAUAGCAGAAUAUCGCGGAACAUUAUGUGUAAUUGACUGGAAGACUUCAGAGAAACCAAAGCCAUUUCUUAAGAAUACAUAUGAUAAUCCAUUACAAAUUGCAGCAUACAUAGGAGCAAUUAACCAUGACAGCAACUAUGACUUCCAGGUUAAUUGUGGCUUACUUGUGGUUGCCUAUAAAGAUGGUUCUCCUGCACAUUCACAUUUUAUGAGCUCUGAGCUGUGCUCCCAGUACUGGAACAAGUGGCUGCUUCGCUUGGAAGAGUUUAAAAAGAAAGGGAAUGAUAAUACUAUGUAAAGCAAGUAGUUUGUGGUCAAAGAAAAUAGUUGGCUGGUCACAGAAGAUAGCUGGCAGGUGAGGCUGUCUAGUUGUCAUGCUAAAAGUAAUAAUGCUGACUAUAGUAGCUGCCAAACAGGAUGGAGAAUACGCCAAAAGAGAUGGAAAUUACUGGAAAUUGGUAAACAGAUGGGAUGGAAGAGGACCCUUUCAACCAGAAUGUAGCCAAUAGGAUGAGUGGGCAGUAACAAGGCUGAGCUUCGGAAAAUGUAUAUAACUAUCAUAUAUUUCUAUGGAAGAUGUCCUCUUGUGAUUUCACCAUAUGAGCAUGGAGGUCCCUUUUGCAAAAGUUCAAUAAAGCUCUAAUUAUUGUUCAGCUGUCUCUUGGUAAUUUCACACUUAAAGGGUUAACCUCUAAGGGUUAAUUUCACAAAAAUGUUUUGCAUCACCUAUUCUUCCAAUUACUAUAGAUCUUCUAGAGAAGACCUCAGAAAUGAGACAAAGCAAAGCAAUACAGUUAAUUCACUUCUCUAUCAGAACUACGGGGACUAUGUUACUUUAUGAAACAGUGUGAAAGAUAUUUUGUAUGAACCAUUACUGAUGAAGCAUGUUUUGAAGCUUGGCAUAGGAAUAAUGAAUGAUCUUCAAAUAACUAAUUGAAGUAUUUUAUUAAGUUGUCUGUUUUUUGUAAAACUUAAUGCUCAAAAACCUGUUCAGGAAUUAUCUACUGAAGUAACUUAUAUUAUUUUUGAAUAAUAUAUUUCAGAGUUAUAGUUUACCUGUCUAUAGUAAAUUUGACCCAAAAUUGCUAUUGUUGCAGAUCACAGAAAAUUUCUUGGAGCACUGCGUGAGGCCCAUACAGUGGUGGUAUCACAAAUAAUUAUAUUCAGGAAAUAACAACUAUCAACACCUCUUCAACAAAAUCAUUGAAGUAAAUCUGAUAUGCCAAAAUAGCUAUUUGAAUCAGAUCUGAGCAAUAUAGAAGAAAUAUUCCUAAUUACAAAUAAAAAAUAUUUUUAGAUCUGACUGUAUGAUGACUCUGUCAAGUCCAGAAGCUUUUCUUCUAUGGACUCAGGGACUGAAUCAUUGAUAGUCUCUGCAUCCUCGCUGCUACAACUCUCCAAACUACAGCUGUCUUCACUACGAUAAUUCAGGAGUACACAUUUUAUUUCACCUAGAAUUGAAAUUACAAGAUUUACAAAAUUAUAUAAUCUUUUCCUGAAUAAAAAGAAUUUGAUUGUUUACAUUUAA